GCUUUAGGGAACGAAAGUCUUGAGCGAGGUGACGUAGAUGAGGUAUUCGAGGAUGAUUGUGUUGUUUUGGAGGCAGCGAAUGCUAUAUAGUUGACGAUCAAUGGAUUGAGUUUGUAAAAAUGCUGGAGAUUCCUCUAUCCUACCCCCAAGAACAAAAUAAAAAGAAAUUAGAGUACUAUGUUUUCUCAAGGUUAUGGUGGAGUAUGAGGCGUCGUAUUGAGUCUGUUUCUGUUUCACCAUGUCAGUCCCCGUCUACGUAGCCUCGCUCAUCGGCUUCCUCACCUCCACAAGCUGCUACUACGCCGUCAAGUAUAAGCAUCUCCUCUCCGUCGACGACGGUCUCGACAUUUUUGGCCUUCACGGCGUGGGCGGUUACGUCGGCGAUCUUUUGACGGGAAUCUUCGCCGACAACUUUGUGCCCGCUCUCGACGGCGUAUCCGGCAGCUCCUACGCUGGAGGCUGGUGGAACCGCAACUUCCGCCAGCUUGGGCUUCAGUUCGCCGGCGCAACCACUGCCGCGGCCUGGUCCUUCGUGGUUUCAUGCAUCUUGUUGUUCAUCAUCAACAAGAUUCCUGGCUUGCAUCUGCGCGCGAGUGAGGACUCGGAGAUCAGGGGUCUGGAUAUCAAGUAUUUGGAGGACGUGGACGAGGAGGGAUUUUACAUGAACGAGUGCAUCCUGCAUGGACGCACGCCGCCGAGGUGUUCUGGGUCGUUGAAGGCGCCCACGCCGGUUAUGGAACCGGUCAGUGUUGAGGGGCCUGAGAAGAAGGAUUAG